AUGGCCGAGGAAAUUGUAGCGAUCACCUGCAGCCAGGAUCCCAGGCAGUGCAUCUACACAUACACACACACAGACAGAAAAUUUCGCCCAGUGAGAGACAAACACCCAUGGAGCGGUGGCGUAUUCCAACAUUUGGGCAUGAAGACGGGGGUGAUGGUUGCAAGUCGAAUCAAUAGAUCGAAGGCGUCCCUGGUUCAGCGACUUGUGAACGGCAAAGCAACAGAAGAAGAGGCACGGCCGCCACAAACCUCGAAGCGAGGCUCGCAGGACCUGCUUGCAGGACUACAUAUUCGGCUAGUCCUUCGCCUCCGUUCUGCGAAGGUAGAACCGCUAGGCUUGAUGCAUCAAAGGAUUCAUGUCUUGGGCAAGCUUGUUUCUGGCUUGAUCAGAAAGGCUUGA